UCUAUGGACUGCUGAGAGAAAGCCAAAGAGGAAAAAGUUGAAUGCACACCCAUUCUGAAUCCCUUUCUAUGUAGGCUGGGGUUUCGCCCGCUAGGGAGCGGACUUGUAUGCUAUAUAGUCUCUCCUUUACGAUAUGUCUUUUUAUUUGUGUCUUAUUCAUCAAUUUCAUUCCCGCGACACGGUCAAACAACGAGGAGGAACUCUCUAGUUUAUCAAACUACUACCACGACCCUUUGCGAUGGUUUUUCAUGGCCUCGAAGCGUUCGCGUAGAUAUAAUGUACGCCACCAUUUUCAAAUGCCAAUAUAUCAUAUUGACUUGCAUAUACAUCUUUUAAUUUUGGUAUGUAGCUAGACCCUACUAUGAUGAACAGAUAGUUGUUGUGGCAUAUUUGAC